UACAUCCUGGCGCCUCAGGCACCGCGAAGUAACUGCGGCACCACUUAAGGUGGAACGGGACAAUUCGAAUAAGAAGCUGGCGAAUAAGAAGCCAACUUCACCCUCGUCUUCCCGUGUGGAUACAGCCUUGGAAAAAAAUUAAUCACCUCGAAAAAACUCCGUUUUGCAACAUUUUAAUCUGCUCUGGACAUCAACUGUACCGGUGCUGAACUUCACGAAGCCACCAAUGAGGCCGAGGAAGCCGAACUGGUCGACAGAGCAGAAGCUGCUGCUGGUGCAGCUGGUGAAGGCGAGGAGAGAAGAUCUGCUGACCGGCAGACACUCCUGUCGAGAGAUCGCCACCAACCGGAGGUGGGCGUGGGACGAGAUAGCCGAGGAGAUCUCCACCGCCCACCCUGACGUCCCCCGCACGGGGAAGGAGUGCGAGAGACACUGGUUUGUAGAGCUCGCCAAGGCCAAAGAGGUGAUGCUGACCCACAGAUCACAGACAGGCCACAUCAGUCCGGUUACUAAGGUCGUGCUUGAAAUUCUCAAACUACAGAGAAAAGAGGCUGAUUUUAAAGACAGGACUGAAGAAGACAAUACAACCUUUGAAGAAGAACCGCAAGAGGAGAUGAAGUAUGUUCCAACUGCGAUCACUCCCAUCAUAAACAUUGAGCUGCCCGUCAACCACACGAAUGACAUGAGCAGGCUGGAAAACGCUCCCAUGAGUCCCCCCUGCUCGCCCUCACCCUCCGCAGAGAAGAGAGACCUGGAGAUAUCGGUUCUUCGCCGGCAGGAACGCGUGUUACAGUUACAGGAGGAGUACUACUCCCUCAAAAUCAAACACCUCAAAGCACGGAUGCUGAUGGACCUUUGAUGGGAAAGCGCUUCCUGAUGGAAAAAGACUCUUUUUGCCUUAAUAAACACUAGUUUAGAAAUCUUAGGACCGGACUGCUGAACCAAAUGACGUUCGUUAGGACUGUGGUUUGUUCUGUGUAGCCUUCUGCUGGAUUCAGGCCCUGGAGCUGCAGCGCUCUGGCAUAGAAAGUUCUCAGACAGGACUCAGAAUUUGAUAUGACACCUUUCCACCAGUAGAUGGCAAGGUAGUAACUUUAUAUUCUCACUCGUAGUGCUGUACAUAGAAGUAGAACAUCCAGGCAGGGACUGUAGUCGCUAUUAUCUGAUCUGAGACCUGUGUUUCCUGCCUGUUUAGAGCUAUAAGUAGGAUUUGAAUGUUAAAAAAUUAGUGCUACAUGUAUAGUUUUAAAUUCAGAGCUCCAGCUGGGAAUCUGAAACGCGCAGGCCAGUUUUUGAGUAGUGCACUGAUGUGCAUUUACCAAUUAUGAUGACUGUUUGUUUUUAAUCAGGCCUUUUAAUCUGACUUUUACUUAUGAAAGCACAUGAUGCAAUGUUUGAUCACUGCUGCCUUUGCAGUAGGCCUGGGCGAUAGGGUGAUGGGGACGAUGCAUCAAAAGUGAUAAUCACCAUUUCAGGAAGGAGAACAGCGGCUGUAUUACAGAAACGUCCUCUCUUUUUGUCCUAAGUUAAGAUCUGACGGGUCAAGAUGAGAUUUUUCACAAAUUUAUAUUACAGAAGCAAAUCUGAUCUUAAUUUAGGAAUUUAUCUGAUGUUACAGCAUCUUAUCUCCAGUUAAUAAGUCUUAACCUACUCAAUUGAAGUCAAUAAUAAACUCUCAUGUCUGUUGCGUAGCAACCGACCAUACACACACAGCUGAAACGUAAACAUGUCAGCAAAAUAAUAUUAA